CUAUGUCCUAAAGUAAUAAACUAUUAAUUAUUCUGGAGAAAAAGGGUUUAAGAGGAGGUUUAUGAGCAGCCAUGGGAAACUUUUCUUCCAUGCUUUCAGAUUCAAACCCUAGCUCCUCCAAUUCAACAACAACCACCAUGUCUUCCUCAAAAUCCUCAUCGACCCACGAAUCAAAAUCCGAAAUUCACCCGACCCAUGUAUCAAAAUCCGAAAUUGAUGAGACCCAUCAACCCGAAACCAGCAAAACCCAAAACCCUAAGGAGGAAGAACAAGAAGAAAUUGUUGAAAACGAGGAGGAAGAAGAAGAGGAGGGUGAAUGUGGGUUUUGCUUGUUUAUGAAAGGAGGAGGUUGUAAAGACUCUUUUAUUGAGUGGGAAAAAUGUAUUGAAGAAGGGGAGAAGAACAAAGAGGAUAUUGUGGAAAAGUGUUUUGAGGUUACUUCUGCUCUGAGGAAGUGUAUGGAGGUGCAUUCUGAGUAUUAUGCUCCUAUAUUACAAGCUGAGAAAGCUGCAGAGGCUGAAUUGGAGAAGGAGAAGGAGAAGCAGAAGGAGCAAGGGAAUGAAGGCAGCGACACCGGAUCGGUGCCAUCAGACACCAAAUUGGAAGGGAUUUCAAAUAGCUCUUAGCUAAAGCAUGGCUAGUAAGUCUGCUGAAUCAGAAGAAUUGAUCUUUUUUUCUUUUUUGGGGUGGGGGGUGGAGGUUUAUAGGUGAUUUUGAUAAUUAAAAGUGGAAAUUUGGAGAUUCUUUUGAAUUGAGGGAAGAGAAUAGAAAAGAAAGCUUUUAGCUAAUGAUAUAAUUUCCAAUAAUUGCACUGAUGUUGCCUCAAAUUUUAACGUUAUUUGGUUUCUCAUGAAUUGAUUAGUUAGUUGCAUUA